AUGUCUCGGUCUGCAGCGAAUGAUAAAUCGGAUGUGUUUGACUUGACGUUUGGGUUUGCCGCGGGGGGGUGGUUUCAAAUGUAUCACUUUGGUGCCUGUCAAGCAAUUGUUGACUGUGGAAUCAUUGAGAAAUUGACAUCGGAAGGUAAACGUAUUCGCUUUGCUGGUGCUAGCGCCGGCUCACUUGCUGCUGUCUGCCUCGCCUCGAAGAGUUAUCGCUUCAAGGAAAUUCGUGAGUUUGUAAUGAUGUGUGCGGAACAUUAUCGUUCCUCAUGGCUGAACUUGUUUUGUAUGAAGAAAUACCUUGCCGAAUCAUUGGAGGCCUUUGGUGCCCACUUGAAAGACUUGGAGAUGAAGCCACAGCUGUACGAAGUGCUUAAUGAUGGAUCGCUAGAGAUAUUUGUUACGACACUUCCAUAUAUGAAGCAAAAAGUGAUGACGGAGUUCCAUUCACACGAGGAUAUUCUGGAAGCUUUGAAGGCCUCCUGCUGCAUGUCGCCGUUGGUGGGGGCGCCGUUUCGUCUGCGAGGAACCGGUGAGUGGGUGUGUGAUGGUGGAUUGGCGACCGUAACACCCCACAAGGGUGACGCCAAAACGAUCACGGUGAGCGCGUUCUAUUGUGGCACGGCAACGGUGCAUCCCACCAUUUUUGUGCCUUUGUGGUGGGGACUGCGUCCACCUGGGAAAGUUGCCCUCCGGAACCUCUUUGCCCUGGGCUACAACGACAUGAUAGAAGGCCUGGUAGCGAACGCCUACCUUUCACCCGAAGAGGCUGAGCCACUGCUGAAACCUGAAGUAAAGUUUUUAAUUGAGGGGGGCGUGGUUGUCUCUUGCGCUUUGCAUCUGCUCGACUUAUUGGUUUUUAUGUUUGUUCGUCCUGUUGUGGUUUGUUGCAUUUACGCGGAGCUUGCAUUCAUGAGCUGUGUUUACUUCUUGAGGGGGCUAUUUUUCUGGGACAACAGACCCCUUGCCAGAAUGUAUGAUAACGUGAGAAACAUGCUCUCGCUCCGUACUUUGGGCAGACUUGUCUUUGGCGAGAAAGUGCCGCACAAUGGUGAGCGACUGGAGAAAAGUUCUCGGGUUUACCGUCUGUUUAAUCCAAUUGUAUUGGGAGGAAAAAAAACACGGAGAGAGCUGUCAUGA